UGCACCUAUUCCAUUCUUCCAUCGCUGUGCUCCUGUGAACAUUUCCUGCUAUGCCAAGUUUGCAGAGGCCCUGAUCACCUUUGUCAGUGACAGUAGUGUCUUACACAGGCUGAUUAGUGGAGUUAUGACCAGCAAAGAGAUUAUAAUGGGACUUUGCUUGUUAUCACUAGUGUUGUCCAUGGUUUUGAUGGUUAUAAUCAGGUACAUUUCAAGAGUACUUGUCUGGAUUUUAACAAUUCUUGUUAUUCUGGGAUCACUUGGUGGUACAGGAGUCCUGUGGUGGCUCUAUGCUAAGCAACGAAUAUCUGCCAGUGCUGAUGAGACUCAAAUAGCCAAAGACAAUCUUCAGGCUCUCUUGGUCUAUGCCAUUGCAGCUACAGUCUUCACGGUACGCUUUGCUAAUGACU